AUGUUGUAUCUACUAGUACUCUUUUAUCGCAUUUACACAAUUAAGACCGUACACUCUAUAAGUAGUCAUGGAAUUGCAAAGGAACGCUAUCCACAAGUUUCUCAUGUCAAUUUGAUCGAUGCCUAUGCGGUUGCGAAUACACACAAUGGAGGGAACUGUUUAAGUUUUAACCUUGAUAAGAGUGUAAACCACUUACAUUCCGAUAAUAAUGGGCUAAAGACUGGUCUUCAUGGAUACCUAGAAUAUCCUAGAAUGUUAACAUCGCAACUACUUGUAAAGCCAGAGUAUUCCAUACAGCUGCACCGAUUUUCAAGCAAGCAUGGUAAAGCCAUCAAAGAAAAGAAUGAACUUGAUGAUUCAAGAAACGGUGAAACAAAGAUCUCUAAGGAGCCUAUAGAUGCAUCAAUUGAUGUAAAUAAAGAAAAUAAAAAUCGCACUGUCCCUGAAUCAUCCAUAAAUUUAAGGCAAUAUUUACUGAAUUUCGAAAAUAGUCAAUAUUUUGGCGAAAUACAAGUUGGGACGCCUCCAAAGAAUUUUGUUGUGGUAUUUGAUACUGGGUCCAGUCAGUUGUGGAUACCAUCUAGCAAGUGUUUGAGAAAUGGCCCAAAUGGUUGCCAAGGUCACAGAAUCUUUGACCCAUCAUAUUCAAAGACUUUUGAACCAAUGAAAAAGGGAAAAGGCAUUGUAAGCGCUUAUAUCAGAUAUGGAACGGGAGAGUGCAUCUUAUCUCUCGGGUUUGAUAAUGUCAAGAUAGGGUCAUUGGAAAUAAAACAUCAGCCGAUUGGUCUAUCUGUGCUAGAAAGUGAACAUCCAUUUGGAGAUUUACCGUUUGAUGGUCUUGUUGGUCUGGGAUUUCCUGAUAAAGAGUUGGAAUCCACACCUAUUUUUGACUCAAUUAUUGACCAGAAACUAUUAAAACGCAAUAUUAUCGCAUUUUACAUGUCAAAAGACGCGGAUCAACCAGGAUCACUCUCGUUUGGAAGUGUUGACCCAAAAUAUGUGAUUCCAGGUCACAGUCCUUGGUGGUUUCCAGUAGUAUCUACAGACUAUUGGGAAAUAGGUCUUUCGUCCCUUUUGUUAGGAGAUGAAGAAGUUGUUAAUGGCAAAUGCAAUGCUGCCAUUGACACGGGAAGCAGUCUAAUAUCCGGUCCUUCAUCCAUUAUUUUACCAUUAUUAGACAAGAUUGAUGUUUAUGAAGAUUGUUCUAACAUCAAUGACCUACCAACACUUUCGUUUGUCUUUACGGAUAUCCUAAAACGUAACAUAAAGUUUGACUUGAGCGGACCGGACUAUGUGAUAAGGGAUGGAGAUAAAUGCUUUAUUGGAAUAGUAAAUAUGGAUAUACCAAAAAAAGAACUUUUUGUAUUAGGAGCAACAUUCAUAAGGAGAUAUCUUGCGAUAUUUGAUAGAGAUUAUAUGGCCGUUGGCCUUGUUCCUGCAAAUCAGAAUUCCGCGGAUGAAGAGGGUAAAAAAACCCAAAAGGAACUGGAAGAUAAAUUUGAGAUAAAAGGUAUGUACUCAUCCAUAUAA